AUGCUGCAAUCGCGCGUCUGGUGCCCGCAGCGUGCUGGCGCCGUCGGCCGAGUCGAAGGGGAGGAGGCGGGGCGCCAUGUCGGCGUCGCCGAUGCUCGUGGUGAAGAGGUGGCGCAUGCGCCCCUGCCGGACGAGCUCGGCGUGGAGCCUGGCCGCGAGCGCGAGGGCCUCGGGCGUGGGCCGGGGCGCCAGGGCCUCGAGCGAGGCGCGGAGCUUGAAGGCUCGCUCGAAGCGGAACACGUGCAUCGUGAGCUCGUGGCCGCCGAGGUCCGCGAGGCGCGAGGCGAUGAGGGCGCCGAGGGGUUCGCGAGGAGGGUUCGGCCCGCUCGGUUGGGGCUGCUGCUGGCUGAGCGGCCUCGAGCACGUGGGCAUCGGGCACCGCAGCCAGUCCAGCCUCCCGUCCGCCGGCCGCUCGGGGCCGAGGUCGUGCCACCAGUCGGUGGCGGCGCCAACGACGAGCCCGGCGACGUAGCACUUCCUGCAGACGGCCUUUGCGCAGCACGUCGUGACCCCGGUGGCCGAGAAGAGCUCGUUGAGCUCACACGCCGUCUGCCUCCCGUGCUUGGAGGGCGACGGCGAGAACAUCCAGGGGUAGGCGGGCGCGUUGAGGAACUUGGGGAUGCGGCAUAUCCUGCAGAGCUUGACCGAGAGCGUCCCCGAAGCCCCGAGCGUUUGUCGCGCGUCGAGGGUCGCUGCAUACUCGGCAGCCUGGGUGAGGGUCAUGGCCGCGUCCAGGUUGGCGGGCGGCAUGCCGAAGACGCCCGUGGUGACUGGGGACAUGGGUUCCGAUGUUAUUGCCGAGGCCGGCGCGGCCGUGUCCCCCUGACGCUGGACGUACUUGAGCAUCAGGAUGUUGCGUUGCGUCAGCGCGCCGUCGAUGGAUUGGAGAAAUGA